CAGCUGCUGGCUGUGCCCCCCACCCCCAGCCCCCGCUGCAGCCUCUGCUCCCCCCCUCGCUGCAACUGCUGGCUCUGCCUCCCCCCGCUCAUCCGCCCCCGCACCUGCAGCUGCCCUGGCAGCCAGGCCCCCUUGGCCAAGAUGAGCUAUGACCCCUAUGGCUUCCGCAAGCCGUGGCAGGAGUACCGGAACGUCCGCUCCACCAAGUCCACCGUCUCCUCCUCCCUGUACGCCCUGCACCGGCCGGCGCUGGCCCCUGCCAAGCGCUCGGGGUGCGUCGCCUCCCUGGAGAAGUUGGACCUGUCCCAGGUGAGCAGCCUGAACGCGGAGCUGCUGGGGCUGCGGGCCCAGGAGAAGGAGCAGCUGGUCGACCUCAACGACCGCUUCGCCACCUACAUCGAGAAGGUGCACCGGCUGGAGCAGCAGAACAAGGUGCUGCUGGUGGAGCUGGAGGCGCUGCGGCAGAAGCAGCAGGACCCCUCGCGCCUGCACCUGCUGUACCGGCAGGAGCUGCGCGGCCUGCGCGGCCUGCUGGAGGCGGAGGCGGGCGAGAAGAUGCGCAUGGAGGCCAGGCGGGACCAGCUGCGCGACUCCUGCAGCCAGCUGAAGGAGCGCUAUGAGGAGGAGGCGCGGCUGCGGCUGCAGGCCGAGGAGACGCUGCAGAAGGUGCGGGAGGAGGCCGGCCAGGCCGCGCUGGCUAACAGCGACGUGGAGGGCAGCAUCGGCUCCCUGCUGGGGGAGAUCUCCCUGCUCCACAAGGUCUUCGGGCAGGAGAGUGCCGAGCUGUCGGCCCAGGUGGAGGCGGCCAGUCUGCCGGUGGACGUGAGCCUGGCGGGAGCUAAGCCCGAUCUGGCGGCAGCGCUGCGGGAGAUCCGGGCGCAGUACGAGACGCUGGCCGGCAGGAACAUGCAGGCGGCCGAAGACUGGUACCGCACCAGGUUCGCCUCGGUGGCCGAGCUAGCCAGCAAGAACAACGAGGCGGUGAGGUCCAUGCGGGAGGAGACGGCCGAGUACCGGCGCCUGCUGCAGUCCCGCUCGGCCGAGGUCGAGGCCCUGCGCAGCAUCAUCGACUCGCUCAACAAGCAGCUGGAGAGCGUGGAGGACAGGCAGAGCAGCGAGGUGGCCACGUACCAGGAGCGCGUGGCUGACCUGGAGCAGGAGAUCAGGGAGGCCAAGCAGGAGAUGGCGCGGUACCUGCGUGAGUACCAGGACCUGCUCAAUGUCAAGAUGGCGCUGGACAUCGAGAUCGCCGCCUACAGGAAGCUGCUGGAGGGGGAAGAGAUCCGGCUGAGCUACUCAUCCCCCCUGUGAUCAGCGGGGGCCUGCAGCAGGAGAGCAGCCCCAGUCACCCCCCAUUCCCUGCACCCCCCUGCUGCCCUGUCCCCUUCACACCCCUCCAGUCACUCACCUGUCGCCCCCAGUGCUGAGGGAGUCGGGCAGCUGCAGGGCCGUUCCCCAGCAAUCAGGUGCGUGUGAGAGCCCCCGUCUCAUUGGCUGCAGCCCCUUGGCCUCCUUGCCCCAUCUCGGGGCAGGCUCCAGACCCCACGUCACCAUUGCAGGGAGAGGCCAGGAGUGUCCUGGACUCCAGCCCCUCCCAGCGCUGUGCUGAGCACGGCCAGGCCCCGCUGGACAAGGCUUCCUGGGUGUGUCCUCAGGAGCCCAGCGCCUGCCCCGGGUACCUCUGGGCCCCAGCAGGGCUCCCCGACGCUCAGGCCCUCUCGCUGCAGCCUGAGGUGGAGCUGCCCCCUACCCACGUGACGGCCCCCGGGCACCGGGAGUUGAACCACAAGCAGCAUGUGCCCUCUCCAGAACCCGGAGAGCGAAACCACAAGUGACGUCCCCCCUCGGAGCUGCCCACCCCGGCCAUGCCGAGGGAGAACCGCAGCGGGGCGCAGGCAGUACUGCCCCCAGGCCCUGGGCUGACCCAGGCUGCACCCCCUGCUGUCAGGGGGCAAACAGUGCAGGGGGGGCAGGCGGGGGAGCUGUACCCCAUUCUCCUGGCCCUGCUGCGACACCCGGAGCUGCCUCCCACCACUGGAUGUCCCCGGCACAGCUGGGAGAUCCCACAGAGCCAGGAGCCAGCCCAGUCUCUCCUGCAGGGGGCACUCACCGCCACCACAGUGCCCAGUCCAGCUGUCCCUGGAACAUCCCCCGGGGAGCCCCCAUGCAGCUGGAGGGGGUGUGGGGCUAAUCAGCACAGCGCCCCCUGCAGGCAGCUCUCCUGCAUCAGUCAGUGUGGGGCAGGCACAGACCCGUCACCUCUCCCAAUCAUUGCACCAGCCACCCUUUCAGAGCAGCGCCAGAACCGGCCUGGCACUGCCACGCUGCCUGUGCCAGCAAUGGAAGCACCUCAAUAAAAGCCCCAUGGCA